AUGGCUCUCACGAAGCUAGGUGAUGAGAUGCCUCUGCAGAUGAAGCCAGUUGGGAAGGAGCAAGCGUUGACAGAGAAAAACAAUGGCUUUCUUCAAAACGUCGAUGUGGCUGAAGGCACAAUGCAGAAUUUGCUAAGGGAAUUUACCAGAAUGGACCACAACUUGGACAGAACAGAUGAGGAAGACAUUUUCUCUGAAAACUGUCAAACUGACUUCCUUCAAGAUUUGGAGACUAAAAAAUGGUUGGAGCUGAAGGCUGGGCAUGGCCAGGACCUGCAGAGUGAACAGGAUGAGCAAGAAAGAAAUCACGUUCAACAUGAAGAUCCCCAAGCAUCCACAUCUUUGCAGUUUUCAGAGGAGAACAUACUUGAAGAGAGUCAGGAGAACAUGUUCUUCCAGCUUAACCACUGGAAUACACGGAUGGGUCUACAAGUGAAAGAACUUGGAGCUGAUCAUAUAGGCUGGAUGGAGAAAAUUAAAAAUAUUAUACAAAACAUAAGCCUAACAGAAAACACAGUGAAGAGCUUAUUAAGUGAGGUUACAUCCCUGGAAGGCCAAAUUGAAAAGCUGGGAUCACACCAGGACCUUGACUCUGAUCAGGGGAUAAACAUGGAGGAGAAGAUCGUGGAAAUUAAAAAGCAAAUAGGAGAAAUGGACAACAAUUUUGUCAAGGAAGAUGCUUGUGAUGAAGCUCAUAAAUUAAAGGAAAAACUCAUUGCAAGAAUAGAGAACUUUUGCAAGGACAUGGCUCUGCUGGAUACGAAGUUGGGGAUGUACCAAAUGCAAAGGAAUCCAGACUCUCAGAGUCCUGAAGAAAUGGGCAUGUAUGAAAGGGAGCCCCUGCUUCUUCAGGCUUCAUCACCAUCCUUGGAGGAGAGCUCCCCUCCCCACAUAACAACAUGGAAACGUGCACUGAGGAUUUUCAUCAUGCUUUAUGUCCUCACCUUGACUGGACUUUCAUGUUACGUACUGUUUUUUGAUGCUACGUUUAUCUUUGAAAAGGUGCUCCCUACAAUUCUUGGGCGCCGCAGGAUGUGGGAACUGCGGGAGAUUCUUACACCUUUCUUGAAUUUGGAGGUGGAAGACUUGCUACCCUCUUAA